UGGACAAGACGGGAAAUGUCUGCUUGGGCAGGAGCCUAUUUCCACACGUCGGACAAAUUCAACAGAGCGCUCUCUUCUAAUGUCCACGCAAUCCUUCCCGACGACACCACAGCACCAAUGGAUCACUACUACUUCCUCCUUCACAUCCUCCUCCUCCUCCUCCUCAGGGCGCCCCUCCUCCUUGCAGCCAACUCCACCGACUUCAGCCCCAGUUACUUUCUAAACUGCGGCAGCAAAUCCAACAUCACCACCAGCGACAGCCUCCCUCGAGAUUUUGUUACCGAUUUCAACUUCGUCUCCGGCGAAUUAGCCGACAACUCCUUCCCACUCUCCGACCCCUCCUCCUCCUUCCCCUUCUCCUCCCUCUACUCCACCGCCCGCGUCUUCACCGGCACCGCCUCCUACACCUUCACCCUCAACUCCACAGGCGUCCUUGGCCUUCGUCUCCACUUCCGCCCCUUCUCAACCGACGAUCGGAACCUCUCCGCCGCCCUUUUCCGAGUCACCGCCCAGCGGGUCCCCCUCCUGGACAACUUCUCCGUCGAUUCCUCUGCAGCCCCCGUCAUCAAGGAGUACUUCCUCUGGUUCGACUCUACCUCUUCCACAAACCUCGAAUUCACCUUCCUCCCCGCUUCAUCUUCUGUCGCCUUCGUCAACGCCGUCGAGGUCUUCACCACCCCAACCUAUCUCUUCAAGAGCUCUUCCCCUGCAGAUUUGUCGUCCAAUCAGAUUGUGGAGACUGUCCACAGGAUCAACGUCGGUGGAAUCAGGAUUACUCCAACCGACGACACCAUGUGGCGGACAUGGAUACCUGACGAUACCUAUCUUUUCAACAAGAAGGCCGAUUUGGAAAACAGCACUACCACAGCUAUCAACUACGGAAACGCAGAUGUGACAAAAGUUGUCGCUCCAGAGUCUGUCUACAGCACGGCUCGUACCAUGAACAUUCCAGAAGAAAUGCGCCUUGGCAAUCCAGAUUUCAACUUCAACGUCAGCUGGAAUUUUACCGUGGAUGCGGGCUACAAUUACUUGGUCCGUGCACAUUUCUGCGAUUUCAUUUCGCAGGCGAAUGUGGGCAAACCAAUAAUCUUCACCCUCUACGUUGCUGACCAGUCUAAGGAGAUCAAUUCAAGAGAGCACGCAAGUUCCCCUAACGUGCCCUUUUAUCUGGACACAAGGGCGGUGGAGCUGCCCUCUGGGUGGAUUGACAUUAGCAUUGGCCGGUCUUACAAAACCGCGGCAGCGGAUGCUAAUGCCUAUCUUAACGGCCUCGAAAUCUUCAAAUUCAAUUCUAUCGACAGCAGUAAGAGAAGCGUGCCCGUCGCGGUCAUCGCCUCCGUUUCUGCCGGCAGCGCCGUCCUGCUGAGCCUCGUUGUCUUCCUUCUGGUACUUUUGGCGCGCAAGCAUCGUCGGAGAUCGAAGUCUCGGCCGCUGCUCCCGAAGGAGACAUGGUCGCCGUACCGCCGGGGAACGACGCUGCGGGGAAACUCAGUGGACCACUCGAGCAAGCCGACUGAAGCAACAACGGCGCAGACCGCGUCCCCCCGGGUGAAUCUCGACCUCAACAUCCCGCUGCUCGAGAUCAGGGCCGCCACCAACGACUUCGACGAGAGCCUCGUGGUGGGGAGAGGCGGAUUCGGGAAGGUCUACAAGGGCAUCCUCGGCGACGGCACCGAGGUAGCAGUGAAGCGGGCCGUGCCAGGGUCGAAGCAGGGAUAUCCGGAGUUCCAGACCGAGAUCCUCGUCCUGUCCAAGAUCCGCCACCGCCACCUCGUCUCUCUCAUCGGUUACUGCGAGGAGCAAUCGGAGCGGAUCUUGGUCUACGACUACAUGGAGAAGGGCCCCCUCCGCAACUAUCUGUACGGAUCCGACGACAAGCCGUGCCUUUCGUGGAAGCAGAGGCUGGAGAUCUGCAUCGGGGCUGCCCGCGGGCUCCACUACCUCCACACCGGCGAUUCCCACACCAUCAUCCACCGCGACGUCAAAUCGACAAACAUCUUGCUCGACAAAACCUACUUGGCCAAGGUCUCCGACUUCGGGCUCUCCAGGUUGGGGCCUUCCAUAGGCGAGACCCAUGUGACAACCGGGGUGAAGGGCACCUUCGGCUACUUCGACCCCGAGUAUUUCAAGACGCAGCAACUGACCGAGAAGUCCGACGUCUAUUCAUUCGGAGUGGUGCUCUUGGAGGUGCUGUGCGCGCGCCCGGCAAUCGACCGGAGCCUGUCGCAUGAGCAGAUGAACCUGGCGGAGUGGGCGCUGCAUUGGCAGAGGAGGGGCCAGCUGGAGAAGACCAUCGAUCAAAGACUGGUGGGGAAGAUCAACGCGAACUCGUUGAGGAAGUUCGGGGAGACGGCGGAAAAGUGCUUGGCGAACUACGGCGACGACAGGCCGUCGUUUGCCGACGUUCUGUGGAAUUUGGAGUACGCGCUGCAGCUCCAUGUGACGGAACUGAAGAGGGAACCGCACGAGGACAGCGGCGCAGUCGAUCUGCAGAUCUCCGUGACGGCGACGCGGCAGGUGGAUUUGACGACCGUUGCCAACGUGGACGAGGAAAAUAACUGGCGUACGAGGAGCAUUAUGCCGUUGGAUGCGUCGGGCAGCAACGUGUUCUCCCAAUUGGUCUCCAGCGAGGGAAGAUGAAUAUCAUGAUCGGUCGGAUUAGAGCAUCUUCGGAUCGUCUGCACCACAAAUCCCUGUUUCAUCCCUGCACCACAAAUCUCAUAUAAAAUGUUAUCACGUGCAAAGCACGAGCUCACACUGGACCACAAACUCACGCAAAACGCAAGAGCCAACAAUCCCUAGCCUCUCCAUCGUCCCCGCGACCGCAACAGUCGCCGGUUUACCAGCUAAAACGAAGAGGAGGAGGAGCCCUAACCUCACGCCGGCGACGGAAGCCUCUCUCUACCACAGCGUCCCCGACGGCGUGAGGUUCCCUCACGCCCACAUAUUUCCCAACCCUAACCCCUCGCGUCCCCGACGGUGCGCGGCGUCCGCGACGGCCUCCAACGGCCCCGACUCACGCAGAAAUCCAACUCCGGCGACCUAUUACAACUCCCUGACUUCUCCGGUGACCUAUUACAACUCCGGCGACCUAUAGGCUGAUCGAUCUGUGGUUGAUCGGUCCACAGACCGAUCAGCAUCAUCCCAGACCGAUCUUGAGUUUGUGGUCCAGCGUGAGCUCGUGUUUUGCAUGUGAUAACAUUUUAUAUGGGAUUUGUGAUGCAGGGAUGGAGCAGGGAUUUGUGGUACAGACGAUCCGAACUGCUCCCAUGGAGCUAUUCUGAAAAAUCUCUACAAACAUGCAUAACUGGAGAUCAAACAGUUAAUAUCUGAGUAAGAACUUGAUACCCUGCAUUGUAGUCCUGGAAUACUUUGGAUGCUCUUAGAGCCAAAAUAAAAGAUUGAUUAAUAUUACAUGCUUA